AUGUACGGCAUGAAUCAGGCCUACCAUGCUCCCGACCCGAGUGCGCAGGUUCCAAAUCACCUGCUUGCCCAUGUUCAUCUGAUAUCGUCGUAUCGCUUCCCGACCUUGCCUGGCCUGCAAGCCGCUCAGGCCCUCGAGUAUCUUAUCAAAGGCCCGCAGAUUGUGCGCGACACCUCGCCCGUUGCGUGGACGUUCCUGGCAGCUCCCCCGCCAGAUGGCACCGUUAUCCUCACCUGGCAGCCCCCGCGCAUGGGAAAUAUGUUUGCGUCGGAUGGAAUGGUUUGGGCGGAUGCCGAGAGCGCAUACGACAUGAAUGUGCGCGGUUAUACCCUCCAGGUUUUUGUACACAACAGCGGAUACCACUACCCACAUGAGCCAUAUGCGAUGCACGCACGCCAUCGCUACAGGAUAGCUGCUGGACCUGGUACCAUUGAUCCUAAUCUCUGGCUGGUCCACUAUAAGCCGGCAGACCCACAAAACCGAAUUCCGGCCGCUCAGAUCCCCAUACCGCGCGAUGUGCAGACCCAGCUACAGACGCGCGCUCAGUUACAGCAAGCAGGACCAUUGAUGCGCAAGGAGUUUAUGCUGGUUGACCAAGCCAACUGGCCCAAGGUCGAGUUUGGACAACAAGCCAUGAGGGGCCCGCAGCCCUACUACAACCCGAUGCAGCCAGGCCGACCAUAUGCUGCGCAUCCGCCUCCGGCCAAACGCCAGCGCUUGCCGACACAGCCCCCGCCUCGCCAGCCGGCGCCAGGCGCAAUCAUACCGGAUAACACACUUGACGAAGAGGAGAAUGCCACACAAGAUGCGUUUGACUUUUUAACACCACGCGAAAUCAGCUUGUCGCGAUACAAGCAACACCACGAAUGGAUGGAGGAGAUUUUCUCGUCGCCGUAUGCGAUUGGAAAGAUUACGCCGAUUGAUCUUGGACUGGGUCUUAUGGGAGAAUUAGCUCCACUCACUGCCGGCAUUCUGGACGCUCCAGGGGCGGAGAAUGUAGAGAUGGGGAAAGAAAACUACAAGAUCAAGAAUUACUACAAGCUGGAUGCGGAGCAGCUCAAGGGCUUUGAGAAGCGUGUGACAGAAUACACGACGAAUGAGCAAGCCGAGAUUGAUAAGAUGAAGGCCAACCAUGCGAAGAAGAUUGCCCAACUGAAGCGCACGCGGACAUAUAUCAAGGCAGAGCGGCGAUUACGAGAACUUUCACGCUCUGCUGAGAGCGAGGGUGACGGUGCGAAUCUAGUGGAGGAAGUUGUAGAGGAUCUGCAAAAGUCGCUGGGAGUCACGUUUGAGGCAAAGAAGGCUGUUUUGUGCGUGGACAAGGGCGGGUUCAUGGAGGUGCAGCAACCGUCACCUCCCAAGCCGCAGGUGAAUGGGGAUGGUGGUGAGCAGAGCGCGAACGGAACGUCAGUGGGAGCCAACAACGACGGAGCGAUGGAGGAAGAUUCUACAGCGGAACUCCUUGAUCAAUAUGGAUCCGGAUCGAUAUCUGGAACACCUAUCGGGAACAUUUCACUGCCUCGACUGUCGCAGCCUCCGAGCCAGUCGCAAUCUGCGAACGGAACACCCAACGCACCGCACGGCAACACGAACCAGGCGGCAACGUUUGAUCAACAAGAUAGCAACCUGGAUGUGGGGGCAGACCUACUUGACUUGGACGUGGAGAUGUCUGGCAUGGCGGGAGCUGGGGACAAGGGCGACGAGUGGGUGAUGGUGAAUGAUCAAGCAGGAAAUGGACAACAAGCGAGCGGCAAUACCGAGCAAGCCAACGUGAACAACAGCAGCAGCAACAACAACAACAACAACAACAACCAAGCAAGCAACAAUGGAAGUAACGGCGGUGCAGCAGGUGGUAGUGGGGGCAGUGGGAUUGCAGCAACCAAUCUAGAGGCGGAUGCAGGCAGUAUGUUUGACGGAGCGGAUUUUGGAAGCUUCGACAACCUGGACAGUGCGGGGGAUGCUCUGGCCGACUACGGGCACGACGACAAUCUUGGGCUAGAUCUAGUAGAUGACAGUGCAUUUGGCGAUGCGUUCCAUGGGACGGAGAUGCAUAAUGACAACGGCGAAGGCGAGAAUGCGUAG